AUGACCAAAGGCGUCAAAAACAAAACCUCGAAGCCAACUCCAGGUUCAACUCAAGCAACCAGCAUCCAAUCUCAAACCGGCUUCGGCACUCCCCUCUUCGUCGACUCCUCACCGAACCCUCUCAAGGGGGACCCGGACCGUGGCAUGGAAUCACGCAUUAAGAAGCACGUCACUGACGCCGCGAAGAAACUCUCAACUCACCUCUACGACCUAGAAGACAUCCUGGAGGCGGACAAGAAAUCGGAAAGGCGAAACAUCAAGGCUGUCUCUCAGAGCUUGAAAGAAGGGCAGGGGAGAGUCGACAAGCGUCUGGACGAGCUCAUGAAAGGCAUGGAAAAGCAACUAGAGCUGAUUCAGAGACUCAAUCAAUCAAUGGGAGAAGCAAUGGAACAGAUCAACAAGAUUGGCAAGAAGAGGUCAGCUUCUGAAGCCUUCGAAGUAAACGACGACGACAACGAAGACAAGAUCCGGACUCGGACAUUCGUGGAUCACACUCAGUUCAAGCAGUUGGAAAGACGUCUGGGGCUGUAUGUCAGCAAUACUCAGACUCACAUAGAAUCGGCCGUGUGCGAGAUGAAGGCCGGCACAUUGAAGAGAAUGGCAGAUUUGAACGAGAGAGUCGGUGCCAUGGAGGACAAGAUGGACAGGAUGGCACGCUCCAUGGCGAAAUGGGAGGCUGCCCGUUCCGCCAACACAGGUCCAUCAGCUCU